UCCGUUUUUUAGUAACACAAAACCCGCGCAAAAAAUAAUUUAAAAAAAAAGAAAAAAAAAAAACAAACAAACAAGCACGCACAGUACAGUAAGUGCAAAAGAAAAAAGAAAAUAAAAUAUCCCUUCACAAACAUGAACCUUCCAACGUAUAAUGGUCAUUAUUAGUUUCCAUUUUUUUACUUUUACUUUUUCUCCUCAUCAUCUUUCCUCAAGGCCACAAUGGAGCAAGGAGAUCAUCAGAAGCAGAAGAGGAAUGGAGGAGGGUUCAGAUCAGAGAAGGAGUGUGGCGACGACGAGAACGACGUCGUUGGGGAGAUGAUGGGGCUGAUCAAGACCGUUGGAUCGUACUCCGAGUAUCGGAAGACGGUGAAGAAGGAAUGCCUGAGCUUGGUGAGGAGGUUGCAGCUUCUGGUGCCGCUUUUGGAGGAAAUAAGGGAAAACGACGCCGUUUUGAUGUCCGCUAGCGCUUUCAAUAGCUUGGUCAAGCUGAAGUCGUCGCUUCGCCUGGCCAAGAAGUUGUUAAAGGAUUGCAACUGUGGGAGCAAGAUUUACUUGGCACUAGAGAGCGAGGCUGUGAUGGGGAGAUUUCAUGCUGUUUACGACAAGCUAAAUCAAGCUUUGAACGAAAUGCCUUACGAUGAACUUGGAAUCUCAGAUGAGGUGAAAGAGCAGGUGGAGCUAAUGCAUUUGCAACUAAGGCGGGCAAGAAGGCGAUCUGAGACGCAGGAUAUGGAACUAGCAAUGGACUUGAUGGUGGUGUUCUCUACGAAAAAAGAUGACCGAAACGCAGACAUUGCUAUACUAGAAAGACUAGCAAACAAGUUGGAACUCCAUACCAUCGCAGAUCUGAAAGAAGAAGCUAAGGCUGUUAGAGAACUUGUUAAAAGGAGAAGGCAGAACAUCGAAAGCCUUCAGCAAAUCACCAAUCUUUUAGGCAAAUUCAGAGAAAAUGCGGGGAUUAACGAGGCUCUUUUGGUUGAUGGUCCUGUGUCAAAAAGUCUUCAGAGGUGUCCAUCUUCGUUGAUUCCUCAUGAAUUUCUCUGUCCCAUCACAUUAGAGAUUAUGACAGAUCCUGUUAUUGUUGCAAGUGGACAGACUUAUGAGAGAGCAAGCAUACAGAAGUGGCUGUAUUCGAAUCGACGGACCUGCCCAAAGACAGGACAAUUAUUGGAUCAUUUGUCACUGGCGCCAAACUUUGCGCUCAAGAACCUAAUAAGACAAUGGUGUGAGCAGAACCACUUUGAGCUGCCCAGGAAAGAUCCUCUUAUGCUCCCUCCUUUUGGUUGUUCCGCGGAAAUCAUAGAGGAAGUCUCUUCCUUAAUUGAAAAACUCUACUCUCGUCGUCUAGAUGCGCAAAGAGAAGCCAUUGUGAAGAUAAGGAUGCUCUCCAAAGAGAAUCCUGAUAACAGAAUUUUGAUUGCAAAUAGUGGAGGAAUCCCUCCUUUGGUUCAGCUCUUGUCCUAUCCGAACCCCGGCAUUCAAGAACAAACCGUGACAGCCCUUUUGAACUUGUCAAUUGAUGAGGUGAACAAGAGGCUCAUAGCCAGGGAAGGAGCCAUACCGGCAAUAAUCCAAAUAUUACAGAAUGGAACCGGUGAGGCCAGGGAGAAUUCAGCUGCGGCAUUGUUUAGCUUAUCAAUGCUCGACGAAAACAAAGAACUUGUGGGGAAUUUGAAUGGAAUCCCUCCCUUGGUUGAGCUUUUGAGAGAUGGGACAAUCAGAGGUAAAAAAGAUGCUGCCACUGCUUUGUUUAACUUGUCACUAAACCAAGCCAACAAGUCUAGAGCUAUUAAGGCAGGCAUAAUACCAGCAUUGCUACAAUUGCUUGAGGACAAGAACUUGGGCAUGGUGGAUGAAGCCCUUUCGAUACUACGACUCCUCGCGUCUCACCCCGAGGGAAGAAGCGAGAUCGGGAGGCUGAGUUUUAUCGAAACGCUGGUGGGAAUUAUCCGGAGUGGGACCCCCAAGAACAAGGAAUGUGCUGCUGCUGUUCUUCUUGAGCUGGGCUUGAACAAUUCUUCCUUCAUUUUGGCUGCACUUCAGUUUGGUGUGUAUGAGCAUUUAGUGCAGCUUGCAAAGUGCGGAACCAGUAGAGCCCAGAGAAAAGCAAAUUCCCUUUUGCAGCACAUGAGCAAGUGUGAGCACAUUCCUUGAUUCAAAAUGAAAAGGCCAAGCCUUUUUCAAUGAAUUCAAUUUCCAAGUGGGGAAAACAGAAACAACCUCAUUGGGAAGUAUAUAUAAAUAUAUAGAUAUAUAGAUAGAUAUUGAAGUUGUGCCUGUUUUUUAAUUGUAUGUCCUCGUGACCAUUGAGACUCAGAGUAGAUUUUUGUCCUGUACAUAAUUCAUGUUUCUUCCAAAACCAAGAGUUUGUUUUUUUUUUUUGGCUGAACAAAACAAGAGUUACUUGUUACGGUAACUGCAAUCUGAAUCUUUAUGAAACAGAUUCUAAA